UCCAUAUUGAUUGUUGUAGUUGUAGUGUAAAUUAUUUAUUCAUUAAAUUUUCUUUGAGAGUUUUCAUGAUUUUUAAAAAAGAUGUUUAAGCUAGAAAACAAAGUUGCCUAAAUCACAGUUAGCCUUAAUAAAAAGUUUAUUUUAUAUCAUUCUCCUUUCUUCCGACAUGGAUGGGACUUCACCAAAGAAUUCGACUUCUGUUGAAGCCUUAAACAUUCAAAGUAUAACUAAUAUUUGUGAAUUAAAAGAUAAAUUAAAGGAAAUUAUUAGCGCUGGAAAAAAUUACGAGCAUGAUGUAUCAUCAUGCCUUAAAUCACUUUUAAGUCGCAGCGAUCAAGAUAUCGUGCUGUCGUGCGUGCAGGCCAUCUCUGAACUUGCUAAAUGUGACAUUAAAAGAGAAACGUACGCUCAUAAAGAGUUUAUCGAUCCCCUGUUAAAUAUUGUUAGCAAGGAAAUAAGUGCAGAGUCUGUGGAACUAGUGAAGCAAUGCUGUCGGGCUCUCGGCAACCUGUGCUGUGAUUGCGACGCUGCUAGAAAUAUUAUUUUAGACAACAACGGGCCAGCAACACUCAUGAAACUACUGACCAAAACAUUAGGAGAUGACAAGUUGGCAGAGAUCAGAUUGCUCACAAGCAAGACUUUGUUAAAUUUUGCAAUCGGAGGAAAACAAUUCUCCGAGUCAAUAGUGAAUGAAGGUGUAAUAGAUGUGCAACAUAAAAUACUUCUGCGUGAAAGCUUGAAAGAGGUGAUGAACGAUGAAGAGGUAACAACCGCCCUGCUAAUUCUCAGUGUUAUAAAUGACAAUACACCUGAACUACUGUUUGAGCCACAUAUUAACAAGAUAGUGUUGGAGGUGCUGCAGGAGACGAGUAGCAUGGCAGUGUCCGAGCUAUGCCUCGAACACCUGCUCACACAGGCCGAGCACGAGGAGGUGAAGAGCCUGCUGGCGCGCGAGGGCGGCGUGCAGCUGCUGUGCGCGCGACUGGAGGGGCUGAGGGCGCGGCGCGCGACGGGCGAGCUGGCCGGCCCGCACGCCGAGCUGGACGCGCUGGCCAAGCUGGCCUGCGACCUCAUCGUCAUAGUGCUGACGGGAGACGAGGCGAUGCGCGCGCUGUACGGGGAGGGCGCGGGCGCGGUGUACCUGCAGGCGGUGCGCUGGCUGGAGGCGGGCGAGGGCGAGCUGCUGCCGACCGCGCUGCUCGCCAUCGGCAACUUCGCGCGCGACGACCGCUACUGCAUACAGAUGAUGGAAAACAAUAUAUAUGAUAAAUUACUUGACAUAUUCGAGAAGUACUACGAGCGCGCGGUGGGCGAGGCGGUGGGCGCGGGCGAUUCGGUGGGCGCGGGCGAUUCGGUGGGCGCAGGCGAGGCGGUGGGCGCGGGCGACGCGGCGGAGGGCGAGAGCGCCGGGGCGGAGCGGGUGCAGCACGGCGCGCUGGCGGCGCUGCGCAACCUGGCGGUGCCGGCGCAGAACAAGGUGCGUGCGCUGCGCGGGGGGCGCGCGGUGCCGCUGCUGGUGCGCGCGCUGCCCGCAGUGCGGCACCACCACGUCGCCUACAAGCUGCUGGCCGCGCUGCGCAUGCUGCUGGAUGGAGCGGGGUGUGCGGAGGAGGCGCGGGGAGCGGCGAGGCAGAGAAACAAUACUCUUCUAUUUGUAAUUAAACGUGAUAUUAUAUUGCAUGGUGAUGACGAGUGCGAGGAGAGCAGCUGCGGCUGUGCUGCUGCAGCUCUGCGCUCUCUGCAGCAGCAGCAGCAACAACAACUGCAAAAUAUAUAA